AUGGCCGCCGUGAAGAAGGUGGUGGUGAAGCUGGACCUGCACGACGACACGGGGAAGCGCAAGGCGAUCAAGGCCGUCUCCGCUCUCUGUGGUAUCGACGAGAUCGUCGUGGACACGAAGCACGAAAAGAUGACGGUCGUGGGCACGGUCAACCCCGUCCACGUCGUCGGCAAGCUGCGCAGGCGCUUCUGCACGGGGCAGGUGGUCUCCGUCGGCCCCGCCAAGGAGGAGGAGAAGAAGAAGGAGGUCUCAGUCGGCCCGGCGAAGGAGGAGGAGGAGAAGAAGAAGAAGGACGACUGCGGGUGCGGGGACAAGAAGGACGGGAGCACGCUCGUCCCAGUGUGCCUGCCGUGCUACCCGCCGCCGCACCACCCGCACCCGUGCUACUUCGUGAACACCGAGGAGGGCCCCAACGCGUGCGCCAUCUGCUGA